AUGGUGCGCGCCGCCAGCUACCUGGGCUCCCUUGCCCUGCUUGCCUCUUCGGCCCUGGCCAAAGAGGUAGCCGUCAAUGAGGCUGUCGCCGCCGAGCUUUACGACUCGGGCCUUGUCCACAAGGCCGUCAUGGACAGAAAGAUGCCCCGGCGCCGAAGGAUCCUCCUCAUGGGGCUGGACCUCGGGACGACGACCGUGACGACCCCUUCCGAGUGGCGUGAGAUCCGGUCCUACAAGCACUACAUGAUCAUUGGCUCCGAGGCGCCUGGCCACGGCGUGCAGAUCUUCGACAUGCACAAGCUGCUGACCAUUGACCCUGCCAACCCCGUCGUCUUCCACCCCAGGAACGACCUGGCCGCCUGGACCAACGCCCUCAUGCCCCGCGGCAACCAGCACAACAUUGUCGUCAACGAGGAGCUGAACUACUUCGCCGCCGUCGGCUCGCAGCCUCGCACUGACCCCAACUGCCGCAGUGGUCUCAACUUCUUCGACCUAACCGACCCCACGAACCCCAAGUCCCUGGGCUGCGCGGCCGGCGACGGGUACGUCCACGACGCCCAGUGCAUGGUGUACCACGGCCCCGACAAGCGCUACGAGGGCCGUGACAUCUGCUACGGCUACAACGAGGACACGCUGACCAUCUACGACGUGACCAACAAGGCCAACGUGACCAACAUCAUCUCGCGCAUCAGCUACGAGGGCGCGGCCUACACGCACCAGGGCUGGGUGCUCGACCCCAAGAACCAGGAGUACCUCGUCAUGGACGACGAGCUCGACGAGGUCCGCGCCCGCGGUCCCGCCGCCGACGGCUUCCCCGUCACGUACAUCUGGGACAUUCGCGACCUCGAGAAGCCCAAGCAGACGGGCCUCUACAAGUCCAAGACCAAGGCCAUCGACCACAACCAGUACGUCAUUGACGGCCUCAACUACCAGUCCAACUACGGAGCCGGCCUCCGUGUCUUCGACGACGACGACCUCCCCGGCGGCGGCGACGUCGAGUUCCUCGGCACCUGGUCCAGCUACGCCUACUUCAAGUCGGGCUACGUCUUCAUCAACUCGAUCGAGCGCGGCGCCUGGACCGUCAAGCUCACCGGCACCGACUGCCCGCGGGCCCCCGUCUGCAACGCCGACAACUGCCUGCGUUCCUUCCGCGCCACCUCGGUCCCCGGCCGCCUCGCCGAGUCGCGCGAGUUCUGCGACGACUUCCUCAGCCGGCCCGUCCGCGAUGUCGCCGCCCUGCCGUCCCACGCCGUCAAGAAUUGCGCCGGUGACGCCAUCGCGCGGGCCUCGAGCGCCUGCGCCUGUCUGCCUACGGCCACGCCUGCUCCGUAG